AGAGAAAAAAAAAAGGAGACAGAGGGAUCCGGGAGUCAUCGAAGGCGAAUCGAAUUGAUCGAUGAUCGCGGGUAUAUCAGAUGCUCGAUCGAUCAGAGCAUCCCCAGUGAUCGGUAAGAGAGCAACCAAAGCAGAUAGUAAACGCGUAACUGGUUUCUCAUUCGCGUGAAAAAUAAUUAAUUACGACAAGAAAGAUAUCGGGGCGAAAAUUCGUGAGGGGAGGGAAUUCGAUAAAAGACACGAUAAUAAUUUUCAAAAAAAAAAAAAAAAAAAAAAAACCGUUAAACAUGACCCGAUUAAUACUCGUGGUGUUGUUGGUAGGACUGGUAGGAUCGAGUAUGGCAGCCAGAAAGAUCCGAAGAAAACCAUUGAGAUUCCGAUACAUCGAGGAUCUGGAGGUGUCGGCGACGAAGCACGGAGACGGAGGUGGCAGUAAACAUCACGAGGAGGGCGGCGGCGCUGAGCACAAGGAGGGUCAUCAUUCAGCCAAGGGUGAAAAGAGUGACAAGGAGUACGAGAGUAGCCACGAGUACGACAAGGCUGAGAAGGGUCAUCACGAUGAGGAAGAUCACGAGCGCAGCUACAAGGAGAGGGGAGGGGAGGAGAGGAAGAAACACGAGGAAGGCGGCCAUUACGGCGAACGUCAUCAUGGCGAAAAGGGGGAGAAGGGUGCGAAGUUUGACGAAGAGGGGAAACACCAAAAGGGACACAGUGUCAAGGGACGAGUACGAGAAGAAGCACGAUUUCUAUGACGAGUACCACGAGGACGGGGAUCAGGAAAAACAUGGGGGAUACCGUCAUGAUCACGAGGAAGAGAAGGGUGGACAUUACAAGGAGGGUCAUCAUGAUGGCGGCCGUCACGAGGAACACCAUGGGAAGAAGAAGGAACACGAGAAAAUACAUCAUCACGAGGAGGACAAAGGUCACAAGAAGGACGAGAGUCACAAGGGUCAUCAUCAUCGCGAGCACAAGCAUGGAAAGAAAGGUGGACACGAGGAGGG